AAGCAAAGCGCCCAGGACAGCGGCGCGCGUCCCCAUCAGAGCUAAGAACGACCCGGGCAGCCCGCAUCACAACGCCACACAACGCCAUCCGCAGCAAAAAAACGAGCGGUUCGUGCUGCAGCGUAGCUCACCGGCUGUGGACAUCCCUAGUCCUUUAGCACAAGCAUAACCAUGGUCUCCUACGCCAAGUUCGAUAAAUUAGCAAGGGAGCUCGACGGCGAGUCCACGAACCCCACCGACGGCACCUGGACGAAAAGAAGGCAAGACGACUUCUACCUGGAUCCCGCCGUGCGGGACCGCGAGGCGAAGACGCUGGCGGCGUGUGCGCCUUUAGGGUCCGUGGUGGAGCUCGACGGUCUGGUCAAGCAGCCCUUCUACAACGGCAGGAAGGGUCUGGUCGUGUCCGGGCGGCUCUGCAAGGGCGAGCGUUUGGCGGUGGAGCUUACCGAAGACAAGUACGAUAACAGAGUGCUCCUGGUCAAGACAACGCAGGUCACGCAUUGUUUGUUGGAGAAGGCGCCGUCGCGCAUCGAAUUGUUGAAACCACGAGCAUGCGAAGUAGCUGGAAAUGUCUGGAUCGGCGACGCGUGUAGUGCGGACGUCGUCGCGGGCGGUUCGCACAUCCCCGAACAGCUAAAGUGGCCGCCCUUCGCCGCUUUAGUGUUGUGCGCGUCCGAGUUUGAUGGCUACGGGUCGAACCCGGCGGUGCCCGUCGAGCUAUGUGGAGACGAUCUGCAUCGGGCCAUGACGGUCGUUUCAUCCGCGGCCUCGCGCGGCAUUUUACGAGACUUGGCUGGUUCGUCGGACGCGGGGCCGGUCUUGGUCUGCGGCGUCGACCGGCGCGAUACGAGGCCGGUGGUCGCGGCCGUCGGCGCGCUCGUGCUGCGCGGGUGGACGUUGCAGGACGCCUGGGCGGCCAUCCUCAAGGCGCGGCCGGGCGCCAAAAUCGGUCCGAAGCGGUGGCGCGCGCUCGUCCAGGCCUUUGGGGACGAGGUCGAGGGCAUACAAGCCGCGGCGUGUGAAAUAUGCCCCGCGGCGUUCGCGGAGAAGCCGGCUGAACCGGCGAAGAGAGAAACGGAGCCGGGCGCGACGCCCCCGCCCGACGCGCCGGCCGAUCCGAGCCGGCCGUUGCGGAUCAACGUACCGCUUAAGAACUCACAAUAAUUACACGUGC